AUGGUCUCCAGAAAGGCCUCGGCGAGGCCCAAUCCGUCAUUCGAUGCCGAAGCAAAACCCGCCAACAAGCUCCGGCGUCAGAUGCUCCAUGUCAGACGGAAGAAGGCCAAAGACGCCGCUCGUCGCGCAGAGCGAUUCGGCCGGAAGAAGGAAGAAGCCAAGAAUCCCAAGCUGAAGGAAGAGCGGCUGAAGCGAAAUAUCCCCCUGACCAUCGAUCGCAAGCGCGUAUGGGACGAAGCGGGCAGUGACGUCGAGGAUGGACUGGGCCUCAGCGUGGAUGUGGAGCGCAUCAAGCGGCAGAAGCAGGAGGAGGAGGACGAGCUCAACCGACCGUUGAAGUCUUCCAAAGAGGAACAGUCGGAGGAGGAGUCGGAGGACGACGACGACCAGGACGAGGUCGAUAGUAUGCUGGCCAGCAGCGACGACGAGGACGACGACGAUGACGACGCAGACGACAAACCCAGCCGGGGCCGCAAACAAUCCUCCCUACCCACGGCCACCGAACGAGCCACGAGUCCGUCGCAGUCGACGCGGAGUACGAACCUGAACCUGGCGCCGGAAGCCCUGGCCGCGAAAUUCCCGACGCUGUUCACCGACGAGCUCCGCUCGCCCAAGAUCCUCAUCACGACCGGCCUCAACUCCACGCUGCACCACGAAGCCGAAGCCCUCACCGAUUUCUUCCCCAACAGCAUCUACGUGCGGCGGACGGCGCACCGCUUCUCGCACAAGUUCUCCGUGCGCGAGAUCUCCAAGUUCGCCGCCAACCGCGAGUACACCGCCGUCGUGAUCCUCAACGAAGACCAGAAACGCGUGUCCGGCAUGGACAUCGUGCAUCUGCCCAGCGGGCCCAUGUUCCACUUCUCCAUCAGCAACUGGGUGGACGGCAAGCGCAUCCCGGGCCACGGCCGCUCCACCGCGCACUGGCCUGAACUCAUCCUCAACAACUUCCGCACCCCGCUGGGCCUCCUCACAGCCCGCCUGUUCCAGACGCUCUUCCCGCCCCAGCCCGACCUCGAGGGCCGCCAGGUCGUCACCGUCCACAACCAGCGCGACUACCUGUUUGUGCGCCGCCACCGCUACGUCUUCCGCGAGAAGCGCGAGACCGAGAAGCCCGUCGUCGGCGCCGACGGCAAGGAGAUGAAGGGCGCCGAGGGCAUCCGCGUGAGCACGCAGGAGCUGGGCCCGCGGUUCACCCUGAAGCUCCGCCGCGUCGACAAGGGCAUCCAGCACGCGAGCGGCCAGGAGUGGCAGUGGAAGGCUGGGUUGGAGAAACAGCGGACCAAGUUUCAGCUUUGA